AUGUCUGAAUCAAGCUCCUUGCUGGCGUUUUUUAGCCAGAUGAGUAACUCGGGUGGCAUCGUUGUCCCAGAUCAACCCAAGCUCGACCUCGAUCUAUAUAUUCAGAACUACGCCGGUCGAACGAGAAUCGAUCGUCUCAUCCAAAUAGGAAAGUCUUCGGUGCCACUAUGUGUCGAUGCGCUCAAGGCUGCUAUUGUCGAAGCUAAGGCAGGCUCUGAUAUAACACUCUACCUCGAAGCUUGGAACUGCAUUCGCAUUGCUGCCCCUCAAGAGCCCGAAUCCCAGAAAGACCAAGCAUGGAUCGAGAAAGUCGAGCGCGAAAACAAAGCCGAGAGAGCACGACUUGAAUCUCAGCUCAAACAAUACCGUCAUAAUCUGAUUAAGGAGAGCAUACGAAUGGGUAAUGAGGACAUGGGACAGCAUUACGAGAAAACCGGAUACCUAGAUGGAGCACUUGAGGCAUACAACCGCAUGCGCCAGGACGUGACAACCACGAAGCACAUCAUCGACUGCGGAGUACACCUCGUCAAUGUCUAUAUUGCCAAACGCGAUUGGACCAUGGUUCUCAACAACCUGGGAAAGAUUAUUGGCGUCCAGAGUGGUGAUGAGGAGCGAACCUACCAGACAUACACCAAGUUGGUAUCUGGAAUUGCGCUCCUGGGUCUUAAGCACUACAAAGAUGCUGCCAAUAGCUUCCUUCAAAUCGAUUUUACUUUGCCUCCCGCUCAAUACAACCACAUCGCAAGUCCCAACGAUAUCGCCGUCUAUGGAGGCUUGCUUGCGCUGGCCACUAUGGAAAGAAAGGAAUUACAGGCUCGAGUUUUAGAAAAUCAGUCCUUCCGCUCAUUCCUGGAAAACGAAUCACAUGUCCGUAAGGCCAUCAGUCUCUUCGUCAAUGGCAGAUACUCGAACUGCCUAUCUAUUCUUGAGUCCGUUCGAAACGACUAUCUACUGGAUGUGUAUUUGCAGCGCCACAUCUCCACGCUAUACUCGCAAAUUAGGAACAAGUGUAUUGUACAAUACUUUGUCCCAUUCUCGUGUGUCACUCUGGAGACCUUGAACAAAGCAUUUGCACCAGAGGGGGGGUCUGUCGAGGCAGAGUUGGUCUCCAUGAUUCGUGAAGGAAUACUCAAAGCCCGCCUGGACGCAAAGAACAAACUUCUGAUUGCCGUCCAACCCAAUCCUCGUUUCGAGAUGCAGAAGCAAGCUCUGAAUGUCGCCCAGGAGUACGAACGGGAGGCCAAGGAAAGGCUUCGUAGAAUGAAUAUCAUUGCCGCCGGUCUAGAAGUAGUGGGUAAGAGGCAACCGAACCCUGGCCACGCUGGCCGGGGGAUCGAUGAGCAGUGGUAUGAUGAUGCAAAGGGGCCUGGCCAAGCUGAAGCUUCGAGAACUUUGACAACUUAA